CUGUCCUUGUAAUCACUUUAUCAAUCCCCCUUUCUUCUCCUUAGCAUCUGGGUUCUUUUAAAUCUCCCUCAAUUAGGGUUUUUGGAGCCUCAUAGUUCUUGAUUUCCCCCAAAAUAUUCAGCGAAGGUUGCGUAAGUGACGAAGGAGAGUUCUUAAUUUGUCUGUGAUCAUGGCUACUAAAUCUUGCUGAACCAUGAAGGCUAUGAAGUGUUUCUCCUUCUCCCAUGGAGACAAAAAUGGCGAACCAAAGAGUACAAAGUCAACUUCGGUUCGCUCCCCCAUCUCCAUGUGGAAUGGUCAAGAGGGGAGGAGAUCAGGCUCCGAGUUUAUGUCAAUGGAUAUCUCUGAUAUUAGCACCGAAUCAUCCACAAGGAUUUCGUUCACAAGUUUGACUCAAAACCCAAGUGGUAGGAGUAACAACAAUCUCCGGGAAUUUGCAUUCGCUGAGCUGAAAGCAGCCACGAGGAACUUUAGCCGGGCCCUCAUGAUCGGUGAAGGCGGUUUUGGAGGCGUGUAUCGGGCUGUAAUAAGAGAUACGGAUGAUUCGAGUAAGAAGAUUGAUGUUGCUGUCAAACAACUUAGCAGAAGGGGAUUGCAGGGUCACAAAGAAUGGGUCACGGAGGUGAACGUUUUGGGGUUCGUUGACCAUCCGAACCUGGUCAAACUUGUGGGGUAUUGUGCUGUGGAUGAUGAAAGAGGAAUCCAACGUCUUCUUGUGUACGAGUAUAUGCCAAAUAGGAGCGUUCAAGAUCAUUUGUGUAACAGGUUUCGGACGCCUCUUCCGUGGUCUACUAGACUCAAAAUUGCGCAGGAUGCUGCACGUGGCUUAGCUUAUCUUCACGAAGGCAUGGAAUUUCAGAUAAUUUUCCGAGAUUUCAAAUCUUCAAACAUUCUUUUGGAUGGGAAUUGGAAUGCGAAGCUAUCAGAUUUCGGGUUGGCUCGGCUUGGCCCGUCAGACGAGCUAAGCCAUGUGUCGACAGCAGUAGUUGGAACCGUUGGAUACGCAGCUCCAGAAUAUGUCCAAACAGGACGCCUAACGUAUAAAAGUGACGUAUGGAGCUAUGGGAUCUUUUUGUACGAACUAAUCACCGGUCGACGGCCGAUGGACCGUAAUAAGCCAAAAAACGAGCAGAAGCUCUUGGAAUGGGUUAGACCACACCUUUCACGUGACCUGCGAAAAUUCGAACAUAUUCUAGACCCUCGGCUCGCAGGGAAUUACUCGCUCAAGUCGGCGCAAAAACUAGCAGCCGUGGCUAACAAAUGCUUGCUUAGACAACCAAGAAUGCGGCCAAAGAUGAGCGAAGUGUUGGAGGUCGUGAACAAGAUUGUGGAAGACGCAAGCGUCGAGAGCCUCGAGGAAUCAUCACCGUGUUUCGAGAGCGUAUCAAGACCAAAAUAUGGUGUUUGUGAGAAGUCAAUAAGAUCGGGGUUGAAGAGAAGGCUUGUAGAUCCUAUAGUUGGAGAGAACAAAUGGUUGAUUUGUCUGAUUGGCAGUCCUAAAGUUAUGAGCACACGUUAAAUUAAAGUAUUACUUGUGGGUUUACUGCAUAACUUGUGCAGUACGUAAAUAAAUGAUGUCUUAAUACAUGUAUUUUGAAUAGUUAUUUUU